GUCUUCUGGAGUGACGUCACGGACAGCUGCGACAGAGUUACUUACGUACGGAUUUUCUGAGUAAACAGAAUAAAAAACGAUCGGUCAGUGAAUAGUAUACGCGUAUAUUAAAGUUCACCUUAUAACUAGUUACAUAUAUUGUUAUUCACAGUGAAAUCGCUCGUUUUACAGUGUAAAAAGUGAAUUGUUUUAUGCAAUUGCCGAAUUAAUUAACAUAAAGUGGUCAUAUUGACAUUUUUGUGACACAACGGACACUUCGGUAAUCAUAAUCUACCCAAUUCUUCGUAUUAAAUAAAUCAUCGGACAUAUAUUGGCGCCAUCUAGCAUCGACUUGCAGUACUACUAAAUACGCUGACACCCUUAACUUAACUCUUACAACUAACUAUGGCUAAGUGUGGCGGUUGUGGUAAAUUCAUGGGGCCAACAGGGGGCGCUAAAUGCAACAAAUGCAAGGUGAUUUACCACCUGCCCUGCCUCGGUCUAACUGAAAAGGACAAGAUUCCCGCCACCUGGAUAUGCGUCGAAUGCAAGCGACAUGUCCCUAGGGACAACAGGGCCGACACCCCGGUCAGAGGCGCUCCCUCACACGCAGAACCUGACGUCAUGGAGGUGGUGUACGCUGCAGAGGUCUCCGGUAACACCGCGGCCAGCGACCUGUCGGAGGAGUCCAAAGUCGAGCUGGGCCUUGAAAUACGCCUCUUCAGGAACGACCUUCGUGCAGUCCGGGAGGAAAUUAGACAAUUCCGGACGGAAAUGUCUGAUCUGAGGUCAGCUAUGUCUGAAGCCGAUAGUCGGCUGACAAAAAUGGAUGCCCGAGUAGUCGAGUUGGAGACCAAGAUGGCAGUGUCCGGUACUGGGAAGCUGGAAGAGAUGAUAGCUGACCUUAAAUUAGAAAUACAGGAGAAAGACCAAGACAUGCUCCUGAACGACUUGGAGUUCAGUCAUAUUCCGCUUGUCUGCCGCCCCCCGCCCCUUCUACGUUAAUGACCGGCUGACAAAAACCAACCGAAUUCUCUUCAACAAAGCGCGUGAAGCAAAGAAGCAGCUUCACUGGCGCUUUGUGUGGACGAGACAAGGAAGGGUGUAUGCACGACAGGAGGAAGGGAAAGCGCGUCACUGGAUUCGUUCAGAGGGAGACCUGACACGGGUUUUUGGCUCAGCUCUGGUGUCUUAAAAAUGGCGGACUAUGAGAUGUAUGCCUACUUGUACUUAUUGUUUUUGUAUUUGUGUAACCUAAUUGUAUUACUGUCAACUGAUAGCCUGUUUAGAAAGAUAACUUGUUUCUGUGUUGCCUAUAUGUAUUUGUGUGUACUUUGCGUUUCUUCUGUUAAUAUGUUACUUUUGAUCUGUCUUUGUGGCUGUUUCUCGGUGGUAAUUACGAAUGGACGGGCUGACUUGGUUUAUGAUUAUAUAUUAAUAUGUACUACUCUAUCUAUACUUUACACACGUUACACAAUUAUAGUAUAUAUUUACCUACGCAAUGUAAUUUCAUACGUAUUAAACUACAUAAAAUGCCUAUAGAUAAAUAUUUUUCAGUUGGACUUUUCAAUGCGGGAUCACUAGGUACCAAACACGAUGAAUUUAUUAUAGCAAUGCAGCGACACAAAGUGGACAUAAUGGCUAUAAACGAAACAUGGUUACGUGCUCAAGAGGAAGGAAAGGCCCCCGUGAUACCCGGGUAUCGUUUGAAACACCUGCCCCGGCCUCGUCGCGCUCUCGGGACCCGCGACCCCGACAGAGGAGGAGGGGUAGGGUUUUACGUGAGACAAGGGUUAAGCGUAAGAGUAUGUCCUCACCCUCCAACCCCCUCAGUUGAACAAAUGUGGCUCCGUUGUACGGUUAACUCAGUUAAAAUGUUAAUAGGAACCGCGUAUCGACGUCCGGUACAAGAAAUAAAUAUGUUUUUGGAUGGAUUAAGCACAUCAAUCUCAUCAUUUUCACAGUACGAUAAAAUUAUAUUGACUGGGGAUUUUAAUGUGGACAUGUUAAAUGUAAAUACUGACAAAUACAGACAGCUCCGCGACUUUGUUCAUAGUUUUAGUCUCAUACAAAUAAUUUCAGAACCGACACAUUUUACAAACACUUCAUCCACACUCAUAGACGUCGUGUGCACCGAUGCCAGAGUACGAGCUAUGAAGGUUGAUCAUGUUCCAACACUAGGCAGUCACGCAAUGAUCUCGGUUCAAUUUCAAAUUAAAAAGAAUAAACCGACUCCAAGAUGGGUUAAGUAUAGACCACUUAACGACAUUGUCGUAGAAAAUUUCAACAAUGACCUUAACGCAAUUAACUUUGACGGCAUUAAGAUGCUACAGGAUGUAAAUAAGAUGAUCGAAGCUCUCAGCAAUUGUAUCAAUGGUUUAUUUGAUUUACAUGCUCCUGAAAAAACUAUUCAAAUAAAAGAAUUUAAAUACCCAUGGAUCACGGAUAAUGUUAAGCUUAUGAUGAGACUUCGAGAUGAAGCUCACCGCCGUUUUAAAAAUACUAAUUUAGACACGCACAAAGAAUACUAUAAAGAACUUAAAUCCCAAGUUAACCACGCAUUAUUCUGCGAAAAACAAGCAUACUUCAACUACCACAUAAACCAACAAAAAAAUCCUGCACUGCUUUGGAAGAAAAUGAAGCAAACCGUACUUCGUAGCCAUGACGAGCAAGAUCUUCCGUCACAUUUUACAGAUGCUGAUGAUAUAAAUAGAAUUUAUUUAAAUGUACCUGGUGAUGGGGAGGUUAGUUCAGAAGAAAUUAGCUUCUUUUCACAGAACAAAUAUAGCUUGGCUAAAUUUGCUUUAAAACCUAUAAAGGCAGAUACAGUUUCUCUAAUAUUGAAACGGCUCAAAUCAAAUGCCAAAGGAGUAGACCAAAUUGCCUUAAAUAUGAUAGCACUGUGCGUUCCAAACAUUAUAGAUAUAAUAACUCACAUUAUAAAUGAGUCAAUUAGGACCAAUACCUUUCCUCAUAUGUGGAAGUUGGCCCUUGUUAGACCAAUACCUAAAAUUGCAAACCCUAGCACUGUCAAAGACCUACGGCCAAUCAGUCUAUUGUGUUGUCUGUCUAAGGUAUUGGAGCGAGCAGUCUGCGAUCAGGUAACACAAUACUUAGAAAUUAAUGGUAUAUUGCCGACUGUUCAAUCAGGAUUUCGUAAGGGGUAUAGUACCGCGACCGCACUACUUGAUGUAGUUGAUGGAAUCCUUACUGCACAAGAUACUGGAAAGGGAUCUAUAUUAGUCUUGCUUGAUUUUUCUCGCGCCUUCGAUGCAAUAAAUGUGGAACUACUUUUAUCUAAGCUUGUAUACUAUGGAUUUGAUGAUGGUACGGUCUGCUGGUUUAAGAGCUACCUCUCAAAUCGAUCUCAAAUAGUAGAGCUACGAAAAAGUGACGGUACUACAGUAAAAUCCUGUCCUUUUCCCGUUAACCGAGGCGUUCCCCAAGGUUCCAUACUUGGCCCUAUACUUUUUAUUCUGUAUUGUACUGAUAUCACAAGAAUCAUAAAUAAUUGCAACUACCAUAUAUAUGCCGAUGAUUUACAAUUGUAUUUAUCGUGUUCUCCGGAUAACUUUGAAUCUGUUAUAGAGAAAAUAAAUGACGACUUAGACCGCGUGGCAGACUGGUCGACAAGGAACUCCCUUGUGCUUAAUCCAUUGAAAUCUAAAUAUCUAAUUAUAGGAAGUAAAAAACAGAUACAAAAUAUUGAAAACCUUCAGCCAGACAUAAGAAUUCAGGGAAAUAGUAUAGAACGUGUGCGAGAAGCACGAAAUCUAGGAGUUAAGUUUGAUCAACAUCUUCGUUUUGAGUCCCAUUUGUUAGAUAUCAUAAGAAAUUGUUUUUAUAAGAUAAAAAUACUGUACAAUAUUCGUCCUUACCUUAACACAGACUUAAGAAUGAAAGUUUGUGAAACAUUAAUUCUUUCAAAACUAAACUAUGCAGACACAGUAUACGGCCCAUGUCUACUGGCGCGAUCGCAAAAACUGAUUCAAAGGGUGCAAAAUGCAUGCGCUCGUUUUUGCUUCAACAUUGCUCCACGCGCGCAUGUUACCCCUUAUCUUAAUAAUUCUAAUCUGUUAAAAUUACAGGCAAGAAGACAACUUCAUUUUGCAACCUUAUUAUUUAAAAUUAUUAAAACAGGUUCCCCUAGUUACCUCUAUAGCAAAUUGGAUUGGUCCCGUACUCACAACAGGCACAACACGCGAGCUUCUUCUUAUUUGCUGGUGACGCCAAGCUUCAAAUCAGCAGCAUUCCGGGGUACUUUUAAGUAUUCUGCCAGUAAAUGUUGGAAUAAUUUACCCCCACCUAUACGUGCCCUGAAAUCAGUAAAAACUU